UCAUCAUCGGAGCCGACGAUCGAUGCCCAUGGCUUUUGACUCAUUGCAGUCGUCUAAGCACGUCUGCGUCGUCGGCGCUGGGCCCACCGGCCUCGUCUCCGCCCGUGAGCUCCUCAGGGAAGGCCACUCCGUCGUCGUGCUGGAGCAGAACCACGACCUCGGCGGCCAGUGGCUCUACCAAGACGUCGGCGCUGGCGCCGCCACAGUCCACAGCAGCGUCUACGCUUCCUUGCGCGUCAACGCGCCCAGAGCCUCCAUGGAGUUCACCGACUUCAUGUUCUCUCCCGUCGAAGGAAGAGACACCAGGAACUUCCCCGGCCACCGCGAGUUCUUCCUCUACCUCAAAGACUUCGCCCGGUGUUUCGGGCUAACCGAGUUCAUCAGAUUCAACACGGAAGUAGUCCACGUCAGCAUGGCGACACCAAUUCACAAAUGGAUUGUGAGAUCAAGGGACAGGAGAACUGACGACGGUGAGUUCGUGGAAGAGAUCUUUGAUGCGGUUGUCGUCGCCACCGGCCAUUACUCCCUGCCCAGGCUUCCAAAAAUCAAGGGAAUGGAGGAGUGGAAGAGGAAGCAGCUUCACAGCCAUGUCUACAGAGUCCCAGAUCCAUUCCAAGAUGAGGUGGUGGUGGUAGUUGGUGGCUCAAUCAGUGGAUCAGAGAUUGCUCUGGAGAUUCUUCAUGUAGCCAAAGAAGUUCAUUUAAGUACCAAAAACGUUGAAAUCCCUGAGAAAUUAGUGAAGCCUGUGUCCAAGUAUGCACAUAUGCACCGGCACCAAGAGGUAAUUGUACAAGUUCCGAAUAAAAUUUUGUUAUCAAUUUCAAUUGAUAACGUUAACGCACGAAGAUAAUGAUUGAUGUGUUAG